UCGUUAUUUGAGGGAAUGACGAAAAUCUAUCAAGUGCACAUAUUUUCCCUAUUAAAUGGUUUCUUUACUUACCUGCAAAUAAUAUCUCAACAGAUUUUCAGAGUUUUUUGCCUGUCAAUUAGUAACCUUCUGUAUUAUAUCCGGCAUCUCUUGUAUGAAAUUUACCUCAUAGUGUUGUUACUCUUUGCAUGUGUUUCUAUAUGUAACUCAAUAUUUGUCUGUGGUUUUUUAAUUCUUCUUUAUACAGGUGAGGUUUGCAUAGUGGUUGAGGCAAAAAACGCACUAGAAAAGGUUGAAGCUCCGAAAAAGUUAGGUGCAAGGCAGGAGCCACUGCGGGACGCCACGAAGUAUACUGCUGCUGAUGUUUGCAUUGUGAGGUGCACUAUUUUUGUUAGUUUUCCUUGGUGCGAGGGAUUAAUAACCGUUGGAGUUCAAAAGUAUUUCUGCAUCUCUUUCUUGCGGAGUUGCGCAGGAAGAUGGAAUUCAGAUUCGGAAGGUAUUAGAUGGAUCUUAAGAUGAUAGAAGGUAAUCGUUGUUGACGUUAGUUGGUACUGGUUAAGUCACUGGAGUUACACGUCUGCUGCUUUUUAUCCUCUCAACAUUGUUUCCUUUGAUACAAAUCGAAAGAGCGAAGCAUGGACCGCGACGGAAAACCAUGCUGGGGUCGUGGUAGGGGGUUAGUAGGGAUGAUAGAGGUGAUAACCGAGGUGGAGGAAGAGAUUAUGAACGUCGGAGCAGAGAUCAUGACCGGAUCAUAACAGGGAACGAGAGAGAGAAUCCAAGUGUUCCCAGAAUCAUGAUUCUAGGAGCCGCAGAAGAUAAUGAUCACGGUCGAGGAAGCG